AUGCCACUUCGUCCGGGCUUUGGCAAACUGGGCACUCCGCAGACAGUCCGAGCGAACUUCUUUGCCGUCAAGACCACGAAGAAGACCUUCUUUGAUUACGAUGUCUCUUUCACUCCUACCGCUCAGGCUGGCAGGGACCGUAAGAUACGCAUAUUCCAGAUCCUAGAGUCCCAUCCCGACUAUCGAGCCCACGUUGGUUAUGUCGCCCACGAUCGCAGUCAGCGACUCGUGUCGGCCGUGAAGCUACCGCAGCCACUCACCAUUUCCGUCCAAUACAUCGAAGAGGGAGAGACGGCUCCGCGCGCAGAUGCGCUAACGUUCACUGUUACCAUCAAGUUCGUGCGUGAACUGGACAUGAACACGUUGAAUCAGUAUACCGAAGGCCAACCCGACGCCCGCGAUAAAGACCUUCAACCAAUCGUUUCCGCGCUGAAUCUCGUCCUACAGCAGCACGCGUCCAGCACUGGUAUACGCGUCGGCCAGAACCGGUACUUCUUCCGCGCGUCAGCGACGAGCCAGCCACUUGGCCUUGGGGUAGAAGCCUGGCGCGGGUUCUUUAUGUCGGUGCGCCCGAUGUACAAGCAGCUGAUGGUAAACAUCAACGUAUGCAUGACGGCGUUCUAUACCCCCGGGAACCUGGCGGACGCGAUGCUCGCGUUCCAGCGAGAGAGUUCGGGCGGCAUGCCGAAGACUUUCGCGGAGAGGCUCAAGGUGUCGACGAAGCACUUGGGCUACAUUCGCAAGAAGGCGAUCUUCCGCAUCUCCAACAAGACGGCUAGCCAGGCUCGCUUCGACUGCCAGGAACUCGGGGGAAUGGUGACCGUCGAGCAGUUCUUCAAACGGAAACAUAAUAUCACGUUAAGACACGCUCACGACCUUCCCGUAAUUGAUCUCGGGAACAAGGACAAGUCCGUUCUGGUACCUGCGGAGCUCUGCGAAAUCUUCCCGGGUCAGGCGUACCGGGGGAAGCUGAGCCCCACCGAGACUGCGAACAUGAUUCGCUACGCGUGCAACCCGCCUGCAUUCAACGCCUCCGCAAUCCGCGACCAAGGAUUCGUCGACCUCGGCCUCACUGCCAACGCGCAAGGCGGCCCGCUGAACGGCUUCGGCAUCAGCGUGAGCCCCGACAUGGCUGUGGUGCCGAGCCGCGUGCUCCCCCCGCCCGGAAUCGCAUACUUGCAGGGCCGCCCGAACGUGCGCGACGCGAGCUGGAACAUCCUCGACGUCAAGUUCCAGAAGGGCGGCAACGCGCCGAGCUGGGCCGUCAUGCUCGUCGACGACGGCGGGCGGGACGAGUUCCAGGGCAUCAGGGAUCCUGAGCUCGUCGCAUUCCUGCAGACGUUCAGCAGGAAGUGUGCAGCGAGCGGUAUCAGCGGUGUCAAUCGCCCGAGGAACGUUCUGUCCACGGGAAGGCUGCCUCGCAUCGACCAGGACCCACACCGAAGGCAGGCAUUGGCGCAGAUCCGGCAGACGUUGGUGACUCUCAUCGGGCCGCAGAUGCCGGGCUUCGUGCUCGUCCUCCUGUCGAAGGUCGACAACUACAUCUAUCCGGGCAUCAAGCGCUUCGGCGACGUCGAGCUGGGCGUGCAUACUCUUCAUAUGCAGGUCGGGAAGGCGCGCGGGGACCUGAAGAAGCAGGACCAGUACUUCUCAAACGUCGCGCUCAAGGUGAACACGAAGCUCGGCGGGACGAACCACCUAUUGGACGACCGCUCGAUGCAGUGGCUGCGCAAGAUGAAGACGAUGGUCGUCGGGAUCGACGUCACCCACCCCGGGCCUAGCAGCACACGCGGCACGCCGUCCAUCGCCGCGGUGGUCGCUAGCUACGACGACAACUUUACUCAGUUCCCAGCUAGUCUGAUGCCGCAGCAAGCGGACUGGAACAAAGAUGCGAAGGAGAUGGUUGCGAAUCUUACAGCGGCGAUGAUCGAGCGUUUGCAGAUGUAUCAGAAGAAGAACAAGCAGCAGCUGCCGGAGAGGAUCAUGAUUUACCGUGAUGGUGUAUCUGAGGGGCAAUACGACCUUGUUCUGCGAGAGGAGCUUCCCUUGAUUCGCGAGGCGUUCAGGAAGAUCUCCCCGAAGACUCCGUAUAAACCCAAGCUCACGAUCACGGUCUGCGGGAAACGCCACCAUGCCCGAUUUCAAGCGACCAAGGAAGCCGACGCCACGAAGAAUGGCAACACCAAGCCCGGGACCAUACAGGAUCGUGGUGUCACCGACGUCUACGGAUUCGACUGGUACCUUCAGGCCCAUAAUGGACUGCAAGGGGAGGUCCGCCCUACCCACUACUUCGUCGUCUACGACGACUUCCACUACGAUGCGGAUACUCUGCAGCAAGGCACGCAUACGGCGAGCUACCUGUAUGCGCGCGCUACGAAAGCCGUGAGUUUGGUGCCGCCUGCCUACUAUGCGGAUCUCGCGUGUGAACGGGCGCGGUUCUACCUCAACUCGUUGUUGAACCUUGGUGAUGAACAGUCCUCUGUCGGGGGAAGCACUGGGGGGCGGAGGUCGCAGGACGAGGAGAAGCAGCGGGUUUACGAAGAGGCGAUGCGUUUGUGGGGUAACGGCAUCCAUCCCAACCUCCGUGAGUCGAUGUUCUAUAUCUAA